AUGGCGGCGCAGGGGCCUGGCGGCCGCUGUGCCCCGGCUCUGCUGCUCCUUGGCCUGGCCGCGCUCGCCCUGCCGCCGCCCCGAGCCGCCGCCUCCGAGCCGCCUCCCGUCGCCCUCCGCGCUGGCCACGCCGCCUCCUCGCUGCCCGCCGCCGCUGCCGCUUCGCGUACCAGAUACCUGUUGUAUGAUGUAAACCCCCCUGAAGGGUUCAACCUUCGCAGAGAUGUCUACAUUCGCAUUGCUUCCCUUCUAAAGACCCUGCGGAAAAGUGAAAACUGGGUGUUGGUUCUGCCUCCCUGGGGACGUCUUUAUCACUGGCAGAGCCCUGAUAUCCUCCAGGUCAGGAUCGCUUGGUCCGAGUUCUUUGAUAUCCCAAGCCUCAACAGGAACAUCCCUGUCAUUGAAUAUGAGCAGUUCCUUGCAGAGUCAGGUGGGCCCUUCAUUGAACAGGUUUAUGUGCUACAAGGCUACGCAGAGGGAUGGAAAGAAGGAACAUGGGAAGAAAAAAUAGAUGAAAAACCAUGCAUUGAUCAGCUGAUGUACUCCAAAGACAAACAUGGCUACUACAGGGGCUGGUUCUGGGGUUACGAGGAAACACGAGGCCUAAACGCCUCUUGCUUGUCUGUCCAAGGAUCAGCCUCUAUUGUGGCUCCCAUCCUUCUGAAGAACACUUCAGCACAGUCAGUGAUGUUAGACAGAGCUGAAAACCUUCUUCAUGACCACUACGGAGGGAAAGAUUAUUGGAAUACCCGUCGGAGCAUGGUGUUUGCUAAACACCUCCGUGUGGUGGGAGACAGGUUCAGGAAUAAAUACCUUCAAUCUACUGAUGAGGCAGACAGGACUCAGUACAAGGAGGACUGGACACAGAUGAAGAUUAAGACGGGCACAGCUCUAGGUGGGCCAUACCUUGGGGUUCAUCUCAGAAGGAGAGACUUCGUUUGGGGUCACAGAGAAGACGUGCCUUCCCUACAAGGAGCAGUAAAGAAAAUCCACAGCCUCUUGGAGACGCUUAAACUUAAAAAAGUUUUUGUAGCCACUGAUGCUGUUGAGGAAGAGAUUGAAGUGCUCAAGAAACUGCUGCCUGAGAUGGUGAGGUUUGAACCCUCUCUGGAGGAGCUGGAACUCUAUAAGGAUGGGGGCUUAGCUGUGAUUGACCAGUGGAUUUGUGCACAUGCAAGGUAUUUUAUAGGCACCUCAGUUUCAACAUUUUCCUUCCGAAUCCAUGAGGAAAGGGAGAUCUUGGGAUUUGAUCCAAAAACAACUUACAACCGAUUUUGUGGUGAAACAGAGAAAAACUGUGAGCAGCCAGCUCACUGGAAAAUUGUAUAUUAAACACAGAGAAACACAAA